CACGCAGAUGGUGAAUGGAGGGGACCGAGCAAGCGUGGAGGGCACACGCUGCGCUCUCGCGUUCGCCUGCUUCGCUCGGCGCGCUCAGUCGUUCGCCGCGCGCGCGCCAAGCUGACACGCGCAGCCCCGUAGCUCGCAGUUCCCACAGUUCGUGUCGAGCCGCGUGCGAGGUUCCAGCACCGUCGGCACCGAGGGAUCGAUCACACCCCUUCAGAGCACGCGGCCCAGUGAUAACGCUUCGCGUCCGGGGGUUGGGGGGGAUUGUUACCGCUGAGUACCGGAGGACGGAGGAGGAAAGAGGGAGAGAGAGAGAGUGUGCGACUGUUAACCGCAACUGCCCGGUGCGUCGGCCCACGUGAACAUCCACUUUCUGUUGUGUUUGACGCGAGUGCUCGAUCCGGCGAAUCGAUAUCACGUCGAGUGACGUACACCGGACGCAACAACAGCGAGCAGUGCGUCGAUAAAAGUUGCCCGGCUGACUCAACUAUCGCGCCGUUCAUUUCGGAGUAACCGGCUGUCUCGUUAUUCUCGUAGGAUCCUUCGAGUGACACGACACUUCGUUUAUCGAGAGGGAGGGUAUCGCGCCCGAGAGCUUCGAGAUAUCGAACGCGGCGAUCGAUAGUAGUAGUCGUAGUAAGUUGUCGUGCGCGCGGGAAACGUCGCUCCGCGCGAGACGAACGUCACGCUCUCUCUCUCUCUCUCUCUCUCGCUCGCUCGCACGCAAGUCGCGACUGGCCUGUCGUCGGCCAGCUCUUAUAAAACUUAUCUUCGCGCCGUGAUAAGCUCAUCAAUCAAAUACGAAGGCGCGUCCGAUCGGAGCGAGAUCGCGCGACCCCGCGCGCGACAACAAUCCGGAGCGCGCUCGGGACGAAUGGGCGCGUCUCGCUCGUAAUAGGUGACGCGAUUAUUUCUUCGCAAUUCAUUCUCAGUCUUCCCUCGAGAUCGAAGACACGAGAGCCAAGACGAGGACACCGCUCACGGAACGAUGACAGAUCGGAGUAACCAAGUCGUCGUCGUCGGCGGAUCAAUCAAGCGGAAACGCGAGGAUCGCCGAGCAGCUUGAGAUUUUCCAGCGGGAACUCGAUCGGUGAACUCGUCAGUUCGCGGACAUCACAAGGAGAGUCACCCUGAGCCUCCUCUUUAUCUCUCUCUCUCUCUCUCUCUCACACACACACACUUUCUUGGCGAUAAUAGCUCGGCGAGAAUCGGAGCUCGCGUUCUUCUCGAGCACGGGUCACGCGUUCGAGCGUCGAUCGAAUUAAAAAAAUACCAAGCGACGGUCAACAAGGAGGACAAGCGAAAGAUAACCGAGGCGAGGCGGCACGCAGAAGGAGCGUCGGUGGAAAGGAGGAGGUCCCAGCCGGCGCCUUCUUCUUCGUCUCUCCUCUUCUUCUGCUCGCGCGACGAACCCGGCGAAGGAAAUUACGACGAUCGUCAGCUGUCGAUCCCGCGCGAGUUUGGCCUCUCGUUCCUCGGCAGCUACGGCGGCGAGGAGGAGGAAGCCGAGGACGGAGUGCAGUGUCGUUUCGGUGUUAUUUGGAGUACCGGCGGAGGAUCGCCUACGGGGGAGGCUACGGGGCGAGCGGGAAUGCGCGAGAGCGAUCGGUAUGACGAGCGACGCGAACUGAUGCUUCGGGAGCGAGAGGAAGCGCUCGGGAAGGAAGCCAGGAUGAUGAUGGCGCCGCAGAUCGUGGGUGUCCUGCUGAAGAAACCGGGACAGCAGACGCACCCACGAUUGCCGCCCUUGGACCCGCAGGAGACCAAGAUUAAGGGCGAACUGUACGUGGAGGAUCUGGGCGAGAGGCGGACGGUCUCCAUCAGGAUGGGCUGGCUGUGGGUCGAAGGCACCCCGAUGCGGCUACCAUUGAGGGCAUUGAACCUCCGUCAAGCGCCGUCAGGUCUCUGUCAGCCGCACGCGCUCGCUCUAGGAUUUACCCUGAGCAACUCGCAGGGUCGUUCGCUCGCCACCUUCUGGGCGGACACGGAACCGAUCUACUGGUCUUGGGUCAGAGCGAUUGCGGCCGAGCUGGUCCGUCAGACGCCAUUCCGCGCUCAACGAUGCUUGAAUUUCCUGGAGAUACUGACCAUUUGUCCGCGUGGUCCAGUCCCUUUGCCGGAAAGCCCGACGGAAACGAGAAGACGAUCGCGCAGCGAGCUGCGCUGCUGGCCGAGCGACUCUCCGAUGGAGAAGACGACGAUCAGCAGCGCGACGAUACUGGACGAGAGCAGGAGGCGCGCGAAGAGCGAGCUGCGCUUACGCUGGUCCAGCAGCAACUCGAGCGACGAGGACCUCGGUGAAUUUCGCAGCAUACCCGCCAUCAUCGGCGCCAAGGAGCAACCGGUCGGCAGGAUAUGGGGGUGCAGCGAGAGCAGCGAGGGUAGCGACGACAGUCUGCCUUGGGGAGGCGGCGUGUGUCGGUCCAGCGUGGACUCCGUGGACUCUGGCGUUCCCUUGCUGGAACCGGAGACGCGGGAACAGAGGAUCCAGAGGUACAAGGAGGCACGUAGACGCGAGAACGAGGCGAGGAGCCGGCGAGUGCUCGAGGAGGACGCGAGACGACGGCGGGCGCGAGCGGAGGAGAACAACAACAAUCUGCCGAAGAUCCUCGGCUCCUCCUCCGGCAGGACGAGGACGAAUCGAGCGGCCUACGCCGUCAACGACAACGACGACGUUCAGCCGCGCUUGUCCAAGAGAGAGACGCCGCCCGUCGUCGACGUCCCGAUCACGCGGAACGAAAAUUCGAUCGUCGAUCGGCUGCCGCCGGUUAAGCCGAGCGAGCCCGGCACGGUGAGGUUCGAGGAGAACCACCGGAACGAGGACGACAAGCGCAACAACAACAGCCCGAAGAACGGCAACAACGGCAGCACCGGCAUACUCAGGUCGGACAUCUGCGAGAGGAGAAGCCGCGCCAGAGAGAGAAGGAUCGUCCGCGACAAGGGCCAAAUACCGCAGCAUCAACAGUUCGCCAGCGUCACCAGCGUGGAGACCUUGCAGGAACGCAAAGAGCGUCUGGCACUUUUGUCCUCCAGGAUCCCCGUACCUCGCCAGACGUCACAGUCCUGUCCGAGGUCCGUGUCGUCGGAUUACCCUGCGACUGCCUCUCCGAAAUCACCGGGUUCUCCGUCGACCUCGGGGGUGCCGCCUUGCGAAGAGGACGUCGCCAAGCUUCUAGAGCGGUGCCAGAGGGUGGACCACUAUGUGCCGGUGCGGGAGAAGCUCACCCUAUUCGAGUCUCUUUCGAGGCUAGGCGGGCGUCUAGCCAGGAGCACGGAGGAUCUCGGCCGUACGUCUUCCAAGCCCAGUCCCAGAGGCAAGCAGCGUGCCAGGUCUCUUCAUGAUCUCAACCGCGGUGCCAGAGCCGUGCCCGUGAGGGAGAUGUGCCGGUUCUUCGAGGGUGACGCCGUGGAGCAGGAGGCGUGCCAGAAGGCGACGAUUCUCGCGAAGCCGCGAUUCAGCGACCCACCCUCGAGGAACGCGUGGAAGGAACCGAGCAUGAAGCACGAGGCGUCCUGCAUCACCGCUUCCACCAGGAGGAGGCACUAUCUCAAGUGAUCGCCGAUGGACCCGGAUCGCACUCGGGAGAAGGAAAGUCCCGCUCGAGACUUCGCCGAAUACGAUGAGAGAGUUGCCAGCGAGCUGUCUGUUUGAUCGUAUAAUAUGUGUGUCCUUCAUCGUGUAAAACGUCAAACCGACCAAAUUUUCGUAACCAGUGUGGGAGCCAACGAUAUUUUCCAAACGACCACGUAUAUGUUACACAGUGAAAUAUAAAAACGUCAAUUUUACGCGCCAGAAAGUCCAGAUCUACGAAUCCGAAUUUCAAGUAUAAAAAUAACUCAUCGGUCAAUUGGAAUUCGCAUUUCGAAUUUAUCGACUAAAAUAAUGCACAACGGAUGAGUUGUUUUUACUUAAAAUCUAGAGUGAACUUUCCCGGACACGAGAAUGGCAUUUUACUUUUCGCUGUGUACGCGGAUAGUAGUUGCCCCGAACCUUUUCCAAACGAGAAGCUCAAGUUCCAAAAAGUCUCACCCAUCGAUUCAGGUUCCAAAAUCCCAUCGGAGACUCUUCCGAUUGAUCGGAAGAUCGGUCGAUCGGUGAUUCAAAAACACCCGCUAGAAAAUUGUCGUCGGAGCGAGGGAUUCGUGCGAGCUCUACGGUCGAGUCGACGGUAAAUUUUUCCCGACGGCGCUCGCGAAGUUCCUUCUUCCCAAGAGAAGAAGCUGACGCGACCGAGAGCGUUUAGACUAGAAUCGACUCUGCCGAUUGUGUCGCGAACGAUCGUCACACUUGCGCCGAGAGAAAGCCGCCGCGCACCGGCUUUUUUACACGCUCGAGGCUCCGAACUGUACUCAAUUCUCUCGAUUGCCGGUUGUCCCGAUCGGCCGUCAAGGCGUAAAGAGAGAAAAAGAAAAAAAAAAGAAACAGGCGUCGAUGCUCGUUCGCGCGCGCCUUACGAAAGUGAGAAGCCGGUGGAAGCCGGCGAGAAUCCGAUCGCCGUAGAAAUUUCCCACAUUCGAUCCAAGUUUCACCUCUAUUCGUUACGCCAAUGUCGUUUCGGGUCGCAGACAAUCGCGUCUGCUCGUAUUUCAAAAUAUAAAGUAACGGCGCAACGCCUAUCGCACGAUUGUGCGUAUCAGCGAGAUCGAGCGUGGCUGAUCGUGACAUGAAGGGAACGAAGAAAAGAGAGGAAGUGAGAAAGAAAAAAAGAGAGAGAGAGAGAGAGAGGAGUGAGGAGGGGAAUACAGAGUGAAAGAGCGGGUUGGAGGAAGGGGGGGGGGGGAAUUGGAGAAACCGGUAAUUUACGUUCACCGAGCGAUUGCCGUAAUGUUGAACACCUGUAUGUAUACAAACUGUACGUGAGCCGGUCGUCGCGCUCAGUUUUUGAUUAGCCUGAAUUCGCUCGUCCGGAUUCUAAUCGGCCGAUAGUUAAAUAGUUAACUGUCCAAAGAGACGUGGUAAUGAACGAUCAAUCUCGCGCGGUCGCUCGCACGCGUCGUUUGCCUAACUACAAUAAUUACGAGUGAAAUUUGUACAUAAUCGACCAAUCUUCCGUCUUGUACCUGAAAUCGUUGAUUCUACGAUCUUUUUCCGCUUUUCUCUGCUCGUUUCUCAGAUAACAAACGAAACGAGAUAUAGUUUACUUUUUGUUACGUGCUUCUCUCUCGUUGCGAUUGUAAAUAAACGUCCCGUUAACGAUGGUUUAUAGAUAUUCGUGUAUAUGAUGUAUAUUGUUGUGGAACGUUGUCCCUAAUACUCCCGCCAUCGGUGUAGCUGUCGUUCUCAGUGUUGAACUUCGCGAACGUCCGUCUGGAAGCCCAGCAUGUGGAUCAGCGAGUCCACUACCGGCCAUUUGAAGUCAGACCGACAAUAUCCGCUCAUACGGAGUCCUCCCUCGCUCUCUCGCUUCUCUUCGUAAUUGAGGACCAACAGCGUGUCGAAAUUGGAGUGAGUCCUAAUUCUACCUAUAUGAGAUCGAACGAAAGGGGAAAUGGAUGGACGUCGAAGUUGCGUUCUUUCACGAGACACAUGUCGAUACGGAGGAAAACAUGAAAAACGAAAUUUGUCCGUCGAGAGAUUCUUCGAGGGAGAGAAAAAUCCAGUUGUUCGGGACGAAUCUGCGACAACGCGAGGAAGAAUACAGUAACACUUGUUUGUUGCAGGAUCAUUAUCGUGCGUUUUGCAAAUUAAUAUUGCGUUAUUGCCGAUGUCAGGCGCACACUCGAAUGCGGAUAACACGGCAACGCUGACGCGCACACGGAAAAUAAUUUUGUACAGAUAAUUGAAUUGCCGUCGAGGCGUCUGCUAUCUUUUACGCUCGAGGAGGGCCGUCACUUAUUUUUGUAUCUCGUUUGUUGUAAAGUGUAUGAUUUGCGUUUGCCUUGCGUUACGUGUAUAGAUUUGUGAGCGUAAAUGUGAGCGAGAUCGAGGUAUAUUUACAUUGUAAAGAAAAACGUGCGGAGGCAGGUAUAAUUGAUUCGAGGCAGAGCGAUCGGGGACCAACGCGACAACUCAUCGUUAACUCGUCUACGUCACUCGCAUUCAGGCCGCUCUCGUCGAAGGUAUUCUGGAGCUCUAGGGAUGAAAUUUCCACCGUCAAAUUGUCACUUCUCACUUGUAUGUCCACGACAGACGGAGCGUUGAAGAGAUCAGUUGUAUCGUUUAUCAUUAUUAUCCGUCAAUAUUUUCACAAGAGAAAACGUGAUUGUUCCUCACGCAUCCGAAAGAGCUCCAGGAUACGAUUAAUCAGGACCCGAUCGCGAAGUCGACUGCAGUCGACGACCGUCUACAGGGUGAAAUUCGAAUGGAACCGUCCGUCGUGUAUCCGGCAGGUGGGUUCGCGCGAGACGGUGCCGUUCGUCGAUGUCACCCGUACGAAGGGUCGAUCGCCAAAGAGGUCUUCUAGUCCCUCGUCGGAUAAUUCCGAAAAGGUCAUCCCCCCAUGUACGUAUAUAAUUAUCCCCCCCCCCCUUCUCUCGAUAUAUACUCCAACUUUUAACUGCGCCCACGCCCCCACGAAUAAUUGUCAAACGGCGCGAAGCGCGCGCCGUCCGCGGCGCAGUUUCGCGGCGAAAGUCGCGCGUCUUUGUAUUUACCUUUGUUGUAAUAAAAAGGGACGAAUAAUGGCCGUUACAUAAAAGCGAUUGUGUCGUUAGAAAGCCGACAGGGGCCUUGGCGGCCGCCGCGGCUAGCAUUCCCGUUCUGUUUAUUUCCUCAUAGUUAUUCACGCUCGUACCUUUUUCACCCGAACGCCCACGCGAAUCGCCGUUUUCCCUCUCCCUCUUUACGGCGACGCAUUCCGAUCCGACGUUGAUUUCCGCGAAACCGGUGGAAUUGACAAUUUCGCGCCUCCAGGGUGCCUGCUCGAAUCUGAAAAAUAUACCCUGACAAUUUUCAAUCAACCACAUAAUAUUUGUCUGUGAACAACGCGAUAACGUGACUUGCGGGCGAACGUCGAUUUGAAAUCCCCGAUCUCUUCAGGCACGAACAAAUCCCCGGAGAAUCGCAGGUUUCCUGGAUUUUUCCCAGGUAAUAGACACGCCGGCCUCUUUCGGCGAACGAGUACUCGCGGCGGGAAUCUCGAGAGCUGAAGAAAUAUUUAAUGUCGAUUACUCGGAGGCUUGACUUUUCCGCUGUCCGACGGCGAAUUCAAUGUUGACGUUUCAUUUUCCAUCGGCUAAAUGCGUUUGCGUCACGUUCCCCACCCGUUCGCUUUCGAGUUUCUCUCUCGUGCGCGCGCGCGAAUCGCGCGCACGUUCGUGAAAAAGCCGGGCGCUAAUUACCUCGGCUUUCGCAAGAUCAAGCGGACUGCGAGAUUGCGCGCGGCCGGCUAUUCUCACAUACGCGAGCGAUAUAAGCGGCGUUUUCCGGAUGACACGUCAGAAAUUCACGAGCCACGAUUGUUACGCGAGCUCACGGGAAACUAAAGCCGGCUGCCUUUCGCGCGCGUGCACUGCGAGCCUGCUCCGUGUUUUUGCAACGGAAAACGGAAACCGGCUCGCUGAACGAGCGAGCGAGCGUACGAGGAAACGCAGAGCGUUCUCUCGUCAGCUAAGAAUACAACCGAAUGUUGUCCGAGGCUCCCUUAUCUAACCGGAAGCGGGACGCGCCGAGAUUUUCGUCUUUGCGAGCGUUCCUUUCGCGGAGCUCGCUCGCGCGUGAGCGAGCGCUAACGUGCGCGCGCUCGGGAUCCGCGUUUGCGUAACGGACACGUCGGGUACGCGUCACUCCAAUGUUUAUUCAUUCGGUUAUUUACGCGCAAACUCGCUCGCGAGUUUAUAUCACCGGCCACCGGCUGUACGCGAGGCGCGUGUAAUUCCCAUUCUUUUGACGCUCGUUCGCGUAAAAGCGACGGCGCAUGCCGAGGUGCGCGCGAGGAAAACCGAUCGAGAGUCUGCGGUGAUCCACUUGCGACCUUUUUUUUACACGGGAACCCGUCCCGCGCGCCGGAAUCGCCGGAGCGUCGCCGCGCGCGCGCGGGCUCGACGAGGCGUCGAUCGACCGGACGGCUUCCCUUCUUCCCGCGGCAGCUAGUUUCUUCGACGGAAAAAAUCGCCGUUGCUUCUCACUCGGCGACAUCGCAGAUUUCCAAACCUCAUUCGCGGAAGAUGUCGAAUCUCUCUCUCUCUCUCUCUCUCUCUCUCUUGAUGUAUUCGCCGCAUUCGAGGAGACAUCGCGACUUUCACUCAUUAUAGCUGUCAAAACUACUUUUUAAUUAAGACGUAUGCGAACUUUUACAGUCUGUUUCGCAUAAAAAUUCACCGCGACUAUCGCGUCCCGUUUGCGCGCGGAAACAGAUUGUGAUUUCAAUUUUUUAAUAUUCACCGACGACGCCGGCGGGGAAGAGGGAAGAGGGAGAAAGGGAGACGGAGACCCAGCAGUAUGAUUUAAACAUGUCCGUUACACAACGUUGAAAACUUUUCCGGCUUGCCGUCUACAUUGAAAGAAAAAAGCGCCGCCGAUCAAGUAAUAUUCGCUUGUACGUA